UCUGUUUUGAUCAUCUCUGACUUUACCAAGGUGGCCUUGACUUUACAUUAAUUUUUUCGAAGUAGUUAUCAUAAUUUAUUUGGUAAUGUUCGGAGAAUAGACUUGUUGGAGUCAAUUUGGCUACUUUAAGGAUGUAUGCUAGAUUUUAUUAAUGUAAACAUUUAACAGAAGAACCGAGUUUUUCGUCAUUAACGUUGGGUGAAAUGUAUUCGCAUACUGUGAAUGUUAGAAAAAGUGGAAUGAAGCUUGUGAAGAAGAGACCAGCUUCGUCCAUGUUCGAUGACGAUGCGGAGACGGAAGAUCUGGGAGUCGAAACUGAAGCCGAAAAGCACAUGAAAGUUUUAUUGCAGAAGCAAUUGAAUACAAAAUUAUCAAUGAAAGAGCUGUUGGCUGAACAUCGCACAUUUACAAGUCCAAGCACCUACAAUUCUCUGACUGAAUUAAUAAAAGGUACCUGUACUCUUGAAAAAUUCCAAGAACUUGAGAAAGACGAAGAAAUGCAUCAAGAGUUGCAAAGGUGUGGACUUACAGAGGAAGAAAUUAUUGACUAUCUUAUGUAUAAAUCUGGAAAGGGAAAAGCUAAGCACCUUGUUGAUCCAGUAAUAUGGCAAGAGAAUAUGAAAAGGAUAGAAGAAAAAAUUGAGGCUCAUAAUAAAGAGCUUCUAAGACCACAAGCUUUGAACAAUAUUAAAAAACUAACCAGGCAUGAAAUGGAAAUUGAGAAAACAUUGUAUGCCGGCUGUGCCGAAAAAAGUAAGUUGUCAUACUUGGUAUCUCUUGAAGAGAAUUGUGCUGCCGAAAAUGAUGAUGUGUUCAGUUAUGUAAAAAGCUUAUCAGAAAAACUUAUUGAAAAAUGUAAGAAUAAGAAAAGAAAAAAACUUAAAGACUCAAAAAAUGAAUUGAAAUUUAUGGGCCCUGAAAAUUCUAGCACAACACCAGAUUGCAAUUUUCACUAUGAUUGCAAUAUUCAUCAUGUUGUUGUUCCUCUUGAAGAAAAUGAAGUUGUUGAAAAUCGUUUGAAUAUUGAUGAAAUCAAGAACAUACCUAGAUUUCAAAAUUAUGAAGCAGGAGAUUUAAGUAAGACGCUGUAUCUGAAGAAUUUGCAUCGGAAAAUCACAGCUAAUGAACUGCGGUCUAUAUUUGGUCGUUUUGAGGAAGAAAAUAAAGACCCAGUGGAUUAUAAAAUUUGUACUGGAAAGAUGAAAGGUCAAGCUUUUGUAACAUUUACUGAUUCAAAAAUUGCUUCAAAGGCUUUGCAUUAUGCCAAUGGAUAUUUAUUGAGAGGAAAUCCUAUUAUUAUUGAAUUUGGAAAGCAAAAGGAAAAGGGAUAAGCUGUCUCAGUCAUGACAAUGAUCAUAUGAUGUCCAUUACCAUCUAAAGAAAAGAUCUGUAUCCCGUUUACAAGUGGGAAGAUAAGCCAGAAAACAAAUGUUGGCAAAGCUGAUUUUGUCUUUGUAAUAUGGCUGUGGAAUUAAUGAGUUUGCUUCAGUUCACAUUGUUUACAGCUAAAUUGAUGAACAAAGGAUUUCCCAUGAAUAUGUGAUGUUUAAAAUUCUCUAUAUUAAAUAGUAUGUGAUUUAACAGAAAGCAUAUAUCAGGGACAUAAUGUAAGUGACUAUUUCAUAUCUGUUGGUUCUCCAUUCAUUGCCUUUGGAAAAGGAUGUUAUUCAAAAGAUAAAAUUGUUAAUAAAAUUUCAUUUUAUAAUAUAAGUUUUAUUCCAUCUGAUGUAAAAAUGCAGAUAAAUAUUGCAUUUAUUAAAAAUACUGAAGCAAAGCAGAUCAAUCAGAGAGAUUUUUAUCGAGUUACUGAGGUCUGGGCACUUCUGUUAUUACUGUCAUAUUAUGUCCUCUCAAUUUUUAGCAUUUUAAUAUAUAUAUCUUCAGAUCUAGUGCUUCAUUCCUUCUCAGUAGCUGCAUUAAGAAGAACAUGAGAGAUAGCUAUAUGAAUUGAUACUUCACCAUGUACAAUGUGCUAAAACUAUGCUUAGAAACUGGCAGUCCAUGAGCCACAUGCAUUUCCCAGAGGAAAUUUUAUGUGGCCUGUGUAUACGUUACCUGUAAAUUAAUUAACAUUAUUGUGACAUUAAUUUUAUAGAAAGAAUUUGAAAAAGUUUGAUAUUAACAAUUAUGAAUCCUAUUUUACAUUUUCAUUGCCAUUAAAAAUGAAUGUAACAUCCCAGAAAAUCUGCAAACACAGGUAAUUAAUUUAUAAGUCUAAAAAAAGUAUAAUUAGACUGACAGAUGAGCAUAUACAAUGUGUGAUUUAAAAAAAAAAAUAGUUUCUAGCAGUUUUUUCCUGAAGUUACCAACUGCAAAAUCGAAAUGGCUUGAGCUGUUUUAACAAGAAAUCUAGAGUUUUAUAAAUAUUUGCAAACAAAUUUAUAUAUUUUUCCUGUAUGUAUAAAAGAAAAAAUUAAUAAAAGAAAGAGAAUAGGU